CGAAGCUAAUACUCAUUUUAACUCCUCCGUCUAUAAAUACUCCGGAACAGCCCCUCCGAUUUCCUUAACUUCAGAUCCCAAAUUCCUCACCCAAAACUCUCCCAAUUUGUUGCGCCCAACCAAAUCAAUCUCCUUUCCAAGUAUCUGCAUCUCUCUCGACCAUGUCGAACCAAGCUGAAUCCUCCGAUUCUAAGGGAACAAAAAGGGACUUCAGUACCGCGAUUUUGGAGCGCAAGAAGGCUGCCAACCGCUUGGUAGUCGACGAGGCUGUCAACGAUGACAACUCCGUCGUCGCUCUCCAUCCCGACACCAUGGAGAAGCUACAGCUUUUCCGCGGUGAUACCAUCUUGAUAAAGGGAAAGAAGAGAAAAGAUACCAUCUGCAUUGCCCUUGCUGAUGAGACAUGCGACGAGCCAAAGAUUAGGAUGAACAAGGUUGUUAGGUCAAACCUCAGGGUUAGACUUGGAGACGUUGUGUCUGUUCACCAAUGCCCUGAUGUCAAGUAUGGAAAGCGCGUUCACAUUCUACCCAUUGAUGAUUCAAUUGAAGGGGUGACUGGAAAUCUUUUUGAUGCAUAUUUGAAACCGUAUUUCUUGGAGGCUUAUCGCCCUGUUCGCAAGGGUGAUCUUUUCCUUGUGAGAGGAGGAAUGAGGAGUGUGGAGUUCAAAGUUAUUGAGACGGAUCCAGCAGAGUACUGUGUGGUUGCUCCGGACACCGAGAUUUUCUGUGAGGGAGAGCCUGUGAGACGAGAAGAUGAGAAUCGAUUGGAUGAAGUCGGUUAUGAUGAUGUUGGUGGGGUCAGGAAGCAAAUGGCUCAAAUUCGUGAGUUGGUGGAGCUUCCAUUGAGGCAUCCACAGUUAUUCAAAUCGAUUGGUGUGAAGCCACCGAAGGGUAUCCUGCUGUACGGGCCUCCUGGUUCUGGUAAAACUCUUAUUGCCCGUGCUGUUGCGAAUGAAACUGGCGCAUUCUUCUUCUGUAUCAAUGGACCGGAGAUCAUGUCAAAAUUGGCUGGUGAGAGUGAAAGCAACCUGAGGAAAGCUUUUGAGGAGGCAGAGAAGAAUGCACCAUCUAUUAUUUUCAUUGACGAGAUUGAUUCAAUUGCUCCCAAGCGAGAGAAAACAAAUGGUGAAGUUGAGAGGAGGAUUGUCUCCCAGCUGUUGACAUUGAUGGAUGGACUGAAAUCCCGUGCACACGUUAUUGUCAUGGGAGCUACUAACCGUCCCAAUAGCAUUGACCCAGCCCUUAGAAGGUUUGGAAGAUUUGAUAGGGAGAUUGAUAUUGGUGUCCCGGAUGAGGUUGGCCGUCUGGAGGUGCUCCGCAUUCAUACUAAGAAUAUGAAACUAGCUGAAGAUAUUCUUAAAAGCUCUUGUAAUGUACAGGUUGAUCUAGAAAGGAUUUCAAAGGACACACAUGGAUAUGUUGGUGCUGACUUGGCUGCUCUCUGCACUGAAGCUGCUCUUCAGUGCAUUAGGGAGAAGAUGGAUGUAAUUGACUUGGAAGAUGAAUCUAUAGAUGCUGAAAUACUAAACUCCAUGGCAGUUUCCAAUGAGCACUUCGCAACUGCACUUGGAACAAGCAACCCGUCUGCAUUGCGUGAAACUGUUGUCGAGGUUCCUAAUUGUAGUUGGGAGGAUAUUGGAGGCCUGGAGAAUGUUAAGCGGGAACUUCAAGAGACUGUUCAAUAUCCAGUGGAGCACCCUGAGAAAUUCGAGAAGUUUGGGAUGUCACCCUCAAAGGGGGUGCUCUUCUAUGGCCCUCCUGGCUGUGGCAAAACCUUGCUGGCUAAAGCAAUUGCCAAUGAGUGCCAGGCAAACUUCAUCAGUGUGAAGGGUCCUGAAUUGCUUACAAUGUGGUUUGGUGAGAGUGAGGCCAAUGUUAGAGAGAUUUUUGACAAGGCUCGCGGUUCUGCUCCUUGUGUGCUCUUCUUUGACGAACUUGACUCCAUUGCUACCCAGAGGGGGAGCAGCGUUGGAGAUGCUGGAGGUGCUGCUGAUAGGGUCUUGAAUCAGCUUCUGACAGAGAUGGAUGGCAUGUCUGCAAAAAAAACCGUUUUUAUAAUUGGUGCAACGAACAGACCAGACAUCAUUGACCCUGCACUCUUGCGUCCCGGACGUCUUGAUCAAUUGAUAUAUAUACCCUUGCCUGAUGAGGAGUCACGUCUUCAAAUUUUCAAGGCCUGCUUGAGGAAAUCUCCAGUCUCCAAAGAUGUCGACCUCAGAGCUCUAGCCAAGUAUACUCAAGGCUUCAGUGGUGCUGACAUCACUGAAAUUUGCCAGCGUGCUUGCAAGUAUGCCAUCAGGGAGAACAUUGAGAAGGACAUUGAGAGGGAAAGGAGAAGGAGAGAUAAUCCUGAAGCAAUGGAAGAAGAUGAGGUUGAGGAUGAGGUUGCUGAAAUCAAGGCGGCACACUUUGAGGAGUCGAUGAAGUAUGCUCGCAGGAGUGUGAGCGAUGCAGACAUCCGGAAGUACCAAGCUUUUGCACAGACAUUGCAGCAGUCCAGAGGGUUUGGAUCCGAGUUCAGAUUCUCUGAAACCAGCGGUGGAGCUGCUGCUGCUGCGGCGUCUGAUCCAUUUGCAACUGCUGCUGCUGCCGAUGAAGAUGAUCUCUACAGUUGAUAAGUUUUAUUAUCUCGAAAUCUGUGAUAUGUGAGUUCCAUUAAUCCAGGAUCUACAUGGAACCAUUCUGUUUAUUUUUCAUGUUGUAGCAUAAACUUCCCCCGGGGAUAUCUUUUGAUUUUGCGUAGAGCUUUCUCAGGUUGUUGAUAAUUCAGAAUAUGGGUAUCGGGGAUGAUGAUGCUUUAAAACUUGAGAGCAAGCUUCAGGUAUUGGUUUCUAUAUAGGAGGAGGAUUCAAUAGUGUUUGAGAGGCAUCUAAGGAUCGAUUUGAUGGCUUGUCUCACAAAUAAUCACAAAAUCUAAGUUUUUUUUAAUAGGCAAUCACAAAUUCUAAGUAGUGUCAGAGCAUACUGGAAAAGUAUAAUAA